GCGUUUCCUUCUUUCCCUCGCGAGAGUAUUCCCUUCCCCGCUCUUCUUCCUCGUCUCGUGGGUGAGUCUGGGACUCGGGUAGGAGGAGAGGUUCGAGGGGCUCAAGUCCCCCUCGUUUCCGCAGUUCGUUGUCUGGGGGGCGGCCGUGACCUCUGCCUGCCCCCCAUCCCAAGCUCCGGGUCGUGGCCGGGAACCGCCCGAGGCCUUUCGCGGUCAUCUGCGCGGGUGGAGUCCCCUCUUGGCUGUGACCGCUACAGGUAUCUAUCCUUGUUUACUAUACAUUUUGAAAUCUUAUCCAGAAUGCUUUUAUUAGUAGUACUCCUCUUUAAUGGAAUAGUUUCUUACUCCAGUGGUAAAUCUGUUACCAAGUCAGUACCAAGAUUACUUCUGGUGUCUUUUGAUGGCUUCAGGGCUGAUUAUCUGAAGAAAUAUGAACUUCGACAUCUCCAAGAUUUUAUUAAGGCUGGUGUAUUAGUUGAACAUGUUACCAAUGCUUUCAUCACAAAAACCUUUCCAAACCACUAUAGUAUAGUUACAGGCCUAUAUGAAGAAAGCCAUGGUAUCGUAGCAAAUGAAAUGUUUGAUGUUGAUACAAAGAAGAAAUUUUCACAGUUUAAUGAUACAGAUCCUUUCUGGUGGAAUGAAGCAAUUCCUAUUUGGGUGAGCAAUGAAUUGCAGGAGAACAAAACAAGCGCCUCUGCAAUGUGGCCUGGCACUGAUGUAAAAAUUCACAAUACUCUUCCUCACUUUUUUAUGAAAUACAAUUUUUCAGUAAGCUUCAGUGAACGUGUAGAAAAGAUUAUUGAAUGGCUGAAUAGUUCUAAUCCAUUAGUUACUUUUGCUACUCUUUAUUGGGAAGAACCAGAUGCAAGUGGACACAAGUAUGGACCGGAAGAUACUAAGAACAUGACUAAAGUAUUACAAGAAGUAGAUAAACUUAUUGGCCUUCUUGUUGAAAAGCUUAAAAUUUCAAAGUUGUGGGAGGAAAUUAAUGUUAUCAUUACAAGUGAUCAUGGCAUGGCACAGUGCUCCCAGGAGAGAUUAAUCAAGCUGGAUGAUUGCAUUGAUCCUAGUAGCUAUGUGCUAAUAGACAGGAGCCCAGUUGCUGCCAUUUUGCCAAAUAAUGUGACACAUGUAUAUAACUUAAUGAAAAAGUGCAGCCCUUAUAUGAAGGUUUAUCUUAAAGAAGAAAUUCCAGACCGAUAUCAUUACCAUCACAAUAAGCGCAUUCAGCCAAUAAUUUUGGUUGCAGAUGAAGGCUGGACAAUAGUACAGAAUGGGUCUCUUCCCAGAUUAGGAGACCAUGGCUAUGAUGAUACUCUUCCAAGUAUGCAGCCAUUUUUGGCAGCUCAUGGACCUGCCUUCCGUAAAAAUUACAGACUGAAUUCAAUUCGUACUGUUGAUAUUUAUCCAAUGAUGUGUCAUAUUUUAGGAUUGAAACCCCAGCCUAAUAAUGGCACCUUGAGCAAUACCAAGUGUUUAUUAAUUGACCAAUGGUGCAUAAAUGUUCCAGAAGCCAUUGGAAUAGUUAUUGGUGUCUUUAUGAUAUUAACUACUCUGAUGUGCCUUCUGAUAAUCACGAAGAACAGAACUCCUUCUCUACGCCCAUUUUCAAGACUUCAGCUUCAGGAAGAUGAUGAUGAUCCCUUAAUAGGAUAACACCCAUGUACUGACUUCUGUUUUGAAAAGACAACACAGAAACUUAACUUAUAUUGAAUAAUACCAUGAUGCACUUUAAUAAAGAUUCACCAAAACUACUGAAGAAGAACAUUGUCUCUCUGAAAAAGAAACAUUGAAUAGAAUUGAUUUUCUAAUAGAAAAAUAGAAAAUAUUUUAAGUUUUUAAUUAAUAGUAGCAAGACUGUUUAUUUCCAAGUGAUAAGGAAUAAGAUUAUUUGUGAGUGAAGCUGCUUGCAUGUAUUUCAUGAAGAACUGCUUAGAGAUAUCUUAACAUCUCCUGAAACUGGACAGGAGCCUCUGCAGUAAUGGUCACUGGCUUCAAAAGGCAGGCGAGACUAGGCAACCCAAGCCCUGCCCAUUUUUAUGUGUACAAGGGGGAGCGCUUUGAUCAUCCAGUCAUUCUCACCAUUUUGAAGCCAGUGUGUGUCAUUUCAGAUGCCCCUGAAACUGGUUGGAAAAGAUAUAUACAGUAAGUCAUGAAAUUAUUUAUAAAGCAAAUGAUAAUUGUGAAAAUAAUCCAAGUUUGUUUUCAGCUUUGGGGAGUUGUUGCUGCAACAGUAAAUAAUUUAAUUUAGAAGCUGCUAAUAGCUAGCUAGGAUCCACAAUUCUAACCUAUAGUACUGUGCACAUCAUGUGAAGCUCUGCAAACUGAACAUUUCCUUCAUUUUAACAUUUCCUUCAUUUCCUGUGUUGGAAAACUGUUGUACAUGCAGGUAUAACUUCAAUCUACACUGAGCUCAAAGGAAAUAGCAUGUCACAUUACUCCUAUAAGUGUCCCAAAGUAGACAGACUGUGUCUUGCAUAAUUUCUUCUCUAACUAUACGCUGCUGACCGAUUCUAGACAUUAUAUUUUAAUAUGUCUGUCUCCAUUUAGACAGGUAUGGUGUUUUAAAUCUAUUUUGGUAGGUGUUCAGAUGUUUCACGUGUUUGAAUUAACACGAUUGUAUUAUACAUACUUAAAUUUUUAAUGAAUCUGCAAAAGAAAUGAUACUUUAUAAGAAGAAAAGGGAUUUGGAAGGCAGAGGGAACAUGUAAAAAAGGCUUUCUGCUAGUUGCAGUUUGUAUAUGGCUAACAAAGUUUUGUAUUAUAUAUUCAAUUAAUUGACAUUUAUGUUCAGCAAUGAAGAUUAUUCAGUUUUUUAAUUCCUAAGAAUUGUCUGAUUUAAAGUAGACUAUUUGUAAUAUGCAUAUAAUAUGCAGAACUAUUUAUGAUCUUCUGUUUCAUUAUUCUGAAAGUUAGAGCUCAGGGGAAGUGAAUACUUAGUGUAUAGGAGGACACAUAUUUAUUCUUGGUGUUUCAAAUGUGACCUCAAAUUUAUUUUCAGUUGCUUUGCUUGCCUACUUUAAACAAUGUGGUUAGUGAAAUCCUUAUAAUCUGUAACACUUCAUAAAGAUAUAACCUUAUACAUUUGAUAACAGCUAUUGUAAAAAAUCUAGAACUACAAUAUUGAUUAGAUUAAGAGAUGUGCUUUUUAAAUAAGUGUGCAACAAUUAGUCCUCCCGAAAAGCAGAAGCAGCUUUUCAGUGCCUCCUUUCAGCAGCAGUGAUACUGAAUGAGGAGCUGCUGACAUCAGCAGACAUUUCCUGUUCUGCAUUUGUGUCUGAGAUAAGGGAGCCCAUUCAAGCUCAGUUCCUUCUCACUAAGGUGGUACUAUUGGUAUUCUACUUGUUGGAAUAAACCAGACUCUUCAGAUUAGAAGUACAGUGGAAUUUGGUGUUUUAAGAAGUAAAACCAUUUCUCUUCAGAAUUAUUCAGCUUAUUUCACUUUCUCAGAAAAGAUAAAUUCAGCCUCCUUUCAAAAUACCCUUCUAUUACAUAAUGAGAAGCAAUGCUUGGUGUUAGUGAUCAGAAAGUAAACAUGGUUUGGAAGUAAACAAAGGUUUUUUUGCUUUUGUUUUGAAGUUGACAUCCUAUUAGGAAAGACUUAAAUAACUAGUUUUCAUAUAUUAAGGAUACUUGUAGCUAUUCUACACAAAUUUAAUAUCUCAGGGACUCUUCUAGAUUUUGAUUCCUGUAACAUAGAUAACAGGAAACAAAGAGCAAUUAUGCAACAUUAAAAAAAAUCUUUUAAAUUAUAGUCUAAUUAGAUAAUGGGCUUCAAGUAGCAAACAGCUCAAAGAAAAUGUGAAUCAACUAGGAAAAAAAGCUGUUACAUUCUUUAUCCCUCAUCCCAUGGUGAUUAAUAAGAUCACAGGCUACUGUUACACAAAAUUUUGCCUAUCUUAGGAAUGGCAAUUUUGUUAUCUCUGCAGUUAUCAGGGAUAAAAUAAUGGGAAAAGAAAUUCCAAUAAUGAAUUAUAUUAUAAAUUAUUUUUUUAAAAGAUUGCAAUUACCUGGAUGUCUUUCUAAUUGGGGUUUUGUGGAAAAUCUUUGUUGUCUGAUUAAAAACGCUGUUACGUUUUUUGUUUAUUUUUUAGUAUUAAGGUUCAUGCUUUGUUACUUUUAGAUUCCAGUACCUUUUUAUUCAUUCUAAAAUUCUUGCCUAUCAAAAUAAUACAUUCAGAACAGCCAUUAUUUUUCCUUGCCUUUCAUACAUGCUAUUCUCUCUCUUACUUCCCAAAAGUAAGUACUUAAAAUUGGAUAAUAAAGUUCCAAUUUAACUUUGUGAUACUGCCUUUUGUAGAUCUUUUGAAUUGUGACUCUAGGUAUAUACUGUAUAAAUCAUUUUUCUGAGCUAUUCCCAAAACUAUUUCCUAAGUUGACUGUGGGAAGAAAAACAUGCAU